GUUGCUUUUCUGAGCUUUACGAGUCCUCGGUGAUAUUUUGUUCCUUCUCAGGUGUUUGGCAUGUUGCCAGUGGUGGUGGUCCAUGGAGGAGCAGGUCAUAUCCCAAAGGAGCGGGCAGAUAAGUCCACUUCAGGAGUGUGCUCAGCAGCCCGAGCAGCGUACACCAUCCUCCAGGGAGGAGGCAGCAGCAUGGAUGCAGUGGUAGAGGCUGUGUCCCAACUGGAGAAUAAUCCCUCCUUCAAUGCAGGGUGUGGGUCAGUGCUGAAUGCCAAAGGAGAGGUGGAGAUGGAUGCCAUUGUGAUGGAUGGGAAGACACUGGGAAGCGGUGCAGUGUCUGCUGUACGCAACAUAGCCAACCCUGUUCAGCUAGCAAGACUGGUUAUGGACAAGACUAGCCAUGCGUGUCUGACAGCAGGGGGUGCCAAUCAGUUUGCCAUGGCCAUGGAUGUCCCUGAGGUCCCCCAAGAGUCCCUCAUCACUGAGUACUCCCGUAUGCGCUGGAAAAAGAAUUUGGCACCUGAUGCCAACCCUGUGGAAUGCCAAAUGGGGAAGAUGGGCACAGUUGGAGCUGUGGCAGUCGAUAGUGAGGGCAACAUAGCCUGUGCAACCUCCACUGGUGGAAUGCUGAACAAGAUGGAGGGGCGGGUGGGCGACACACCCUGCAUAGGGUGUGGGGGUUAUGCUGACAACAAGAUUGGAGCAGUAUCAACUACAGGCCACGGAGAAGCUAUCAUGAAAGUUACUCUGGCAAGACUCAUCCUGUUCCACAUGGAGCAAGGUCAGUCAGUGGAGGCAGCCAGUGAUUUGGGCUUGGCCUACAUGAAGUCCAGAGUGGAUGGGCUGGGUGGGGUGGUGACAGUGGACCCCCAGGGCAACUGGGCAGCUCGCUUCUCCAGCCUGCAAAUGGCCUGGGCUGCAGCCCAGAAAGAUACCCUGCACUAUGGUCUAUACACUGGGGAACACUUCACACAGAGCAUCAGUGACCCACACUGAGAGGAAAUACAAUCCAUGUGGGUUAUAUUUUUUUGGCUGAGAUGUUAAUGGACAAAGAAAUCAUUGAAUAUGAGGAUAUUAUUAAUUAAGACUUAAUACUAAUGCAAAUAAGCUACAGUUUGCAUACCUCAGGAGAGGAUAAAUGCAAGAAGAGUGGUGAGUUAUUUUUAUUGAUUGUGUAAUAAAACUUAGUGAAGAAACAGACAGAAAGGUGCUACUGAUUAGGCCCCACCAUGAAAUUAUCUACAGCAUGAUUUACCCUGAUCUAGACUAGAUAUUGACAGGACUGUAGAGGUCACCUCUGGAA